UCGACACACCACACACCUAGGGUUUUUCUCCCCGCAGCGCGCCACCUCCCCUUCCCAAACCCACCCAGCCGGCGCCGCCGUCCUGCCCCUCCCUCCGGCGCCAGUCCUUCACCAUGAUCAUCUCCAAGAAGAACCGCCGCGACAUCUGCAAGUACCUCUUCCAUGAGGGGGUCUUGUAUGCCAAGAAAGACUACAACCUGGCCAAGCACCCCAUGCUCGACGUGCCCAACCUGGAGGUGAUUAAGCUCAUGCAGAGCUUCAAAUCAAAGGAGUAUGUCAGGGAGACCUUCUCGUGGCAAUACUACUACUGGUACCUCACCAAUGAUGGCAUUGAGCACCUCCGCACCUUCCUCAAUCUGCCAUCUGAGGUGGUGCCUAAUACCCUCAAGAAGUCUGCCAAGCCCCCGUCUCGCCCCUUCGGCUCUGGCCCACCGGGUGACCGCCCCAGGGGCCCGCCUCGUUUUGAGGGUGACAGACCAAGGUUUGGGGACAGGGAUGGUUACAGGGGAGGUCCGCGUGGUGCUCCAGGUGAUUUCGGCGGUGAGAAGGGUGGUGCUCCUGCUGAGUUCCAGCCAUCUUUUAGGGGUAGCAGACCUGGCUUUGGCCGUGGCGGCGGCGGUGCUUUUGGUGCUGGGGGAUCUUCCAUGGAGUGAUGCUUCGUUUAGUCGGCACAUUGAUUUGAUCAAUAGCUUUUCAGAUGCAACGUGCAAGGGGCGUCUUCUCUGUUGAUCUUUGAAUUACGAGAACAAUGAGAUUUGUUUAUCAAAUAGUAGCCGUGGUUGCUGGGGACAUGUUUUGUGAUAUUCGUUUUUGUUAGAUGGAACUACUCUAAUCAAGGAGGCUGUUGGGUUUUUUUUU